CCCCAUUAGGAAGAAAGCUUUGUUUCCAAAUUCGUCGAGGUAAUUUCGAAGGACGAGGCACUGCUGGAAGAUUAAAUUGAAAAUUUCUGAAUUCCUUUUCCCUCCUCUGAAAUUACCUGUAAAACCCUAAUCCUAUCCUCUGUUGCUGCCAGUCCAGUACUCCAGUUGGAAGCCUUGUUUCCAAAUUCGAAUGUGUGUCAGUUAAGUUCUCACACACAUCACCGCCAUGAAAUCAAUAUUCUCUGCUUGGUUUUAGAGUAGUUGCGGUUGUCGAAGACACCAGAGAUGAACGUUACCACCACCUUCCGCGAUAGUUUCUCCCCCAUUCUCCAGUGUAUCUCUUGCUGUAAUCUUCGUCUCCAUCCACCUAUCUCCUCUUCAGUUGCUGUGAGGCGAAGAUGUUUUCCACGGCACCAAUUGAAGGAAAAUUCUGUUUCAAGGAAGCCAUUUGGGAUCGUUUGCCGAGUGACUGAGACAGAGACUGAGCCAGAAAGUAAUAAUGAUAAGGAAACAGAGAUACCUAAAGAUGGAGAAACCCCGCAUUCCAGUGAUCCACUUACGCAAAUUGAUUCUAAGCGUAUUUCUGUUGAUCAAGAUGAGGACCAUUUAACCAGCUCAGAAAUCCUUGAUUCAACAAACGCAGUAGAAGAUAGCACUGGAGAAACUAAGGGUGAAGGUGAAGGUGAAGGUGAAGGUGACAUCAAGGAGACUGUUUAUCUAGAAGUUGCAAGUGGAUCUCCCCUUCCAGGUGUGAAGCAACUGAGUGAAGCAGUCAGGAUCCCAAAGGAAACAAUUGACAUUCUUAAGGACCAAGUAUUUGGUUUUGAUACCUUUUUCGUGACGAGUCAGGAGCCAUACGAGGGUGGAAUUUUGUUCAAAGGAAACUUGCGAGGGAAGGCUGAUAGAAGUUAUGAAAAGAUAACAAAAAGAAUGCAGGAUAAAUUUGGGGAUCAAUAUAAGCUUUUCCUUCUCAUCAAUCCAGAGGAUGAUAUGCCGGUGGCUGUAGUUGUUCCAAGGAUAACUUUGCAGCCAGAGACAACUGCGGUCCCAGAAUGGUUUGCUGCAGGUGCUUUUGGACUGGUUACCAUUUUCACCUUACUUCUCCGGAAUGUACCUGCACUGCAAUCAAACUUACUGUCUUCUUUUGACAAUCUUGAAUUAUUGAAGGAUGGCCUCCCUGGAGCCAUUACUACUGCAUUUGUUUUGUUUGCACAUGAACUUGGCCACAUUUUAAUUGCUAGACGCACUGGAAUUAAGCUUGGAGUUCCAUACUUUGUUCCUAGUUGGCAGAUAGGUUCUUUUGGUGCCAUAACAAGGAUUGUUAAUAUUGUGCCCAAACGAGAGGAUCUUCUAAAGCUUGCAGCUGCUGGACCUUUGGCUGGAUUCUCUAUUGGUCUUGUGCUUUUGCUCUUAGGGUUUAUCUUACCACCUAGUGAUGGUAUUGGCAUUGUAGUAGAUGCAUCUGUCUUUCAUGACUCCCUUCUUGCUGGUGGCAUAGCAAAGCUUCUCCUGGGGGAUGCACUCAAAGAAGGGACUCCCUUAUCAGUCAAUCCGCUAGUAAUGUGGGCAUUGGCUGGGCUCCUUAUUAAUGCAAUCAACAGCAUACCUGCAGGGGAGCUUGAUGGGGGGCGCAUUUCUUUUGCUCUAUGGGGAAGAAAGGCCUCAUCUCGUAUCACAGGUGCUUCUAUUGCUUUGCUGGGACUAGCCUCGCUGUUCAGUGAUGUGUCCUUCUAUUGGGUUGCUCUGAUAUUCUUCUUGCAGAGAGGGCCAAUUGCUCCACUCUCUGAAGAGAUCACUGAUCCUGAUGAUAAGUAUGUUGCUCUAGGCAUUUCAGUUUUGCUCUUGGGGUUGCUUGUAUGUUUGCCGUACCCCUUCCCUUUCACUAAUGAAGCCAUUAUGAAUCUCCAGUAAUGGAGUCCAUCUAUUAGAGAGCCAUUGCCUACCAUGAAGUAUUCAAGAAAUGGAUCUGCUUUUGUUUUGGGCUUACGGAAAAUGAGUUGUAUAUCAUAAUUCUCUGACAUUCGUAAAUUGAGGUCACCAUUUUUUUCCUAUUGGGAAGAUUUCAUGUAAUAAAGUUUAUUUUUAUAAAUGUGUAUGUAUAUAUUCUACACCUGCCCUUCCUAGACCCUGGGUUGUUGGAGUUCCCUGCACUAGGUAGCUCUUUUUUUUUUCCCCUUGCAACAGAUGGAGCCAAAAGGAAUAUAUUAUGAGAAAUCAAAAUGAAAUUUCAUUCUGUGACAA